AAUUUAUCGGAGCAAAGCGGCAAGAUUCGAAAUUCAGAUUCCCCAGCAUUCUAUCUGAUCAUGGCGGGUCGAAACAUCGGCGAACGCGCGGCGAGCAGCACAUUUAAGACGCGCAAGCCGCCAUCAAGGUCCCAAUCUAAAUUACCAACGCCUACACAUUCCUACGCUAUUCAUACUCGUACCUGUCAGCACUAGUAAUAUUCAAUUUAACGAUCUACGCAAUACCCCAACGUACAUCAUGGCAUCUGCUCCUGCCAAAACCUUCGAGGGAUGGGUCGCCCACGACCCCUCAGCCGCCCAGGGAAACAUGAAGUGGGGUGACUUCGAGCCCAAGCCGUUCGAGGAGACGGACAUUGAGAUGGAAAUCACUCACUGCGGCGUUUGCGGCAGCGACUUGCACACUCUUUCCAGCGGAUGGGGCCCCUCAGACUAUCCCCUCGUCGUUGGUCAUGAGAUCAUCGGCAAGGUCACCCGCGUCGGAAGCAAGGUCACGGAUAUAAAGGAGGGUGACCGUGUCGGCGUUGGUGCCCAGAGCAACAGCUGCCAGGAGUGCAAGCGCUGCAAGAACGGCCAGGAGACCCAGUGCAAGAAGAUGACUGGUACCUACAACUCCCGCUACCACACCGAGAAGGGUGGAAAGUCGUUCGGUGGCUACGCAAAGAUGUGGCGUGGUGCCGGAGCCUUCGCUGUGCCCAUCCCUGAAUCCAUCCCCUCAGAGAUUGCAGCUCCUAUGCUCUGCGGUGGUGUUACCGUUUACAACCCCCUGGUCGCCAACGGUGCUGGUCCCGGCAAGCGCGUCGGUGUCAUUGGCAUUGGUGGUCUCGGUCACUUCGCCCUCCUUUUCGCCAAGGCGCUCAAGUGCGACAAGGUUGUUGCCAUCUCGCGCUCCUCCAGCAAGAAGGAGGAGGCUAUGAAGAUGGGUGCCGACGAGUUCAUUGCCACCGGCGAGGACGAGAACUGGUCUGCCAACAACACCGACUGCGUUGAUAUCCUCAUCUCCACCGUUUCCGGCCCCGGUUUCCAGGUUGACAAGUACCUCAACCUGCUCGACGUUGGUGGCAUUCUCGUCCAGGUCGGUGCGCCUGAGGAUGCUCUGCCAUCCUUCAAGGCUUUCUCGCUCAUUCUUAAGAACUUGAAGCUCGGCGGUAGCUUGAUUGGAACCAGGCAGCACAUCAAGGACAUGUUUGAGUUGGCAGCGAAGGAGGAUGUUAAGUCCUGGGUUCAGGUCAGACCGAUGAGCGAGGCCAACCAAGUCCUCAUUGACUUUGAGGACGGUAAGCCCAGGUACCGCUAUGUGUUGCAGAACUAGAUUGGACUUAUUAGCCUGGAGUUGAGCCUUUUUUGAUAUAAGAUACCAUUAGACUUUUAGAAUAGAACGACACGAC